AUGGCAUUUCAACCUACGCCGAUGGACAUUUCCAUCGCCAUCACCACGCCCUCUUCUACGAUUGCAACCAAUGCCGAGCCCACUCUCUUAACUGAGCGCCGCAUCACUCCCACAUGGACCGUUUUACAAGUCAAGUCCAAGUUGGAAACUAUGACUGGUGUUCCACCAGGUUGUCAACGCUUACGACUCAAGGCACCGAGUCGUCCUGACCAAUGGGUUGAUGGGGAUGAAACAAUUAUUGGGGACUGGGGCUUGAUUAAAGGGUGCGAGAUCGAGGUUCAUGAUUCCCGACCUCAAUCUGCACGGCCGAAUUUCAAUGACCUGUCUUCUGUUGAGAAAUACGUCCUCCCUACAUCAACGUAUGAAUCGCUGCCGAAUUCGGUUCUUGCAUGGAAAAAGAACCAGAAACUUGGCCGCUUUGACCCCAAUUCUCUCUCACCUGAAGAAUCCAUGCUUCACCAGACAGAGAAGGAUAAAGUAGAAAUCCAGAAAAGACACAUUGUCAUCUCGAAACGUGCCAUCAUUCUUCCAUCAUCACCUCCGCAUAUUCGACGGGGAACCAUUCGCUUCGUCGGGCCUGUCCCAACAAUACCUUUCCCCGGUGUGGACAUCACGGUUAAUGAGGAAUCAAGCAUGGACUCUUUCCCUAUCUGGAUAGGAAUCGAGCUUGAUGAACCUACUGGGAAAAACGACGGCAGUGUGGGUGGCAGAAACUACUUCACUUGUCCGAACAAAACAGGAGUCUUUGUGAAGCCUGAAAAGGUUGAAGUGGGUGAUUUUCCACCCUUGAGUUUGGAUGACGAGCUGGAAGAUGAGAUGGAGGAAAUAUGA